CUUUUCUUGUGUUUUUCCCUACUUAGGUUGAAGAUCCACUGUCAGAAGCUACUAAAUACUUGAAGUUGCUGCAGAAGAAUUCCCCUGAUUCAUUGGAGACACACUUGCUCUCUUUUGAAUUAUAUACAAGGAAGCAAAAGACUUUGCUUGCCUUUCAGGCUGUGAAGCAGUUACUGAGAUUGGACCCUGAACACCCUGAUUCUCAUCGUUGCAUGAUUAAAUUCUUCCAUAAAGUGGGAUCCAUGAAUGCUCCCGUGACUGACAGUGAGAAACUGAUUUGGAGAGUCUUAGAGGCUGAGCGACCAAAUAUUAGCCAGGUGCAUGAGAAAUCCCUGUUUGAGGCAAACAACUCUGUCCUUGAAAAACAUAAAGAUUCUUUGAUGCAUAGAGCAGCUUUUGUAGAAAUCUUGCACAUUUUGGAUUCAAACAGAAAAUCCGAGGCUGUUAAGUUCAUUGAAGAAACAACAAAUAACACUGUGCCCAGAAAUGGAGCACUUGGACCAAUCAGGGAAUGGAAACUUAAAGACUGUAUUGCAGUUCACAAUCUUCUAGAAACAGUUCUUGCUGAUCAGGAUGCUGCAUUGAGAUGGAAGGUGCGAUGUGCGGAUUACUUUCCAUAUUCUACGUACUUUGAGGGAAAGCACAGCUCUGCCUCUCCCAACUCGGCCUUCAACCAGUUACGUAAGAACUCUGAAAAUGAGAGUGUUAACCACAUCACAUCAAACGGGAAACUAGAGGCAUUUAAAGAUCUCACUAUCUGAUAAAGUCGAAUGCAUCCAUAAGAUGAGGCUAAGAGACAUGCGUGUUACCCAGUUUGGAUGCUUAGAACCAAACGGCAUUUGACACUCCCAGAAACGACCGCGUUGCAGUUUGCAGCAACAAAGGUCACAGUUUUGGUGCGGGUUAUGGCAAACUCUACACUCCAUGUAUUUUCUUUGCAUGAUUUCUCCCUCCCAUCUGUGAUAUUUAUUUGGUUUGCAAAUGUGUAUAAUUUCACCUCAAUUAUUAUGUCUUAGGAUUGCCUUUUUCAAUUUGUUCACUUUUUUUUUUCUUUUUUUCUUCUGAGAGCUGGUACACGGGGCUCCAUAGGCCUUUACCAUCGUCUUGGAUUUUCAUUUUGGUCGUUGGGAGAGCUACAGAAUGAUUUAGGUUUCGGUCCUGCAUCCAGCCAACAUACAUAUAGGGAGAGCAUGUUGUAUCUUUCCUAUUUAAUUGGUCUAUUCAUGUAUAACCAUUAAAUUAUGUCAAAGUUUUGCAACUGGAUGCCAAAAUGACGUAAUUUUGGACGAUGAAUUCAGUAAAAGAAUUUCGGUUGGUAGAA